AUGGCAGCCCUUCUCUCAGCACUUGCUGUUCUGACUGCUGUCAAUGCUCAAGCAUAUGACUCUGGCUCGAGGUCUGAAGAUGCGUUCUCGUAUGUUCAACCUCUGAACACGACCAUCUUGGGUGAUCGUGGCCACUCACCCGCUGUUUACCCUUCUCAUGCAACCGGAGGUUGGGAGGAUGCCGUCUCGAAAGCCCGUGCUUUCGUUGAUCAGCUCACCAUCGAGGAGAAGGCUGACAUGGUCACUGGUCAGGCCGGACCUUGCGUCGGCAACAUUGUUGCCAUUCCUCGUCUUGGCUUCCAGGGUCUCUGCUUGCAGGAUGGACCUCUGGCCAUUCGUGUCGCCGACUACGCUAGCGUCUUCUCUGCUGGUGUUUCUGCUGCAGCAUCGUGGGAUAGAACACUGAUGCACGAGCGCGGUUACGCCAUGGGCCAGGAGUUCAAGGCUAAGGGUGCUCACGUUGCUCUUAGUCCUGUUGCUGGGCCUCUGGGUCGCUCUGCCUAUGCUGGCCGUAACUGGGAGGGCUUCGCUGCUGACCCUUACCUUACUGGUAUUGCCAUGGAGGAGACCAUCACUGGUCACCAGGAUGCUGGUGUCCAAGCCACCGCAAAGCAUUUCAUUGGAAACGAGCAGGAGACUGCCCGCAACCCAGUUUACACCAAGAACGGCACUGCUACCGACACUGACGUUGCUGCUCUGUCCUCCAACAUCGAUGACCGCACCAUGCACGAGCUCUAUUUGUGGCCCUUCGCCAACGCUGUCAAGGCCAAGGCUGCUUCUUUCAUGUGCAGCUACCAGCGCAUCAACGGCUCUUACGGCUGCCAGAACUCUGCGACUCAAAAUGGUCUGCUCAAGACCGAGCUCGGCUUCCAGGGUUACGUUAUGUCUGAUUGGGGUGCGGUACACAGCGGAGUUGCUUCCAUCGAGGCUGGUCUUGACAUGAACAUGCCCGGUGGUCUUGACGCCUACGGUCAGGCCUUCGGCGUUCCUUCCUUCUUUGGUGGCAAUGUUACGCUGGCUGUCAACAACGGUACUCUCGAUGUUACACGCGUCGAUGACAUGAUUGUGCGCAUCAUGACUCCCUACUACUGGCUCGGUCAGGACAAGGAUUUUCCUACUGUCGACCCUAGCACUCCCGCCCUAAACACCUUCUCUCCUGUCAACACCUGGACUCGUGAGUUCAACUUGACUGGUGAGAGCAGUCGCGACGUCCGUGGUGACCACGGGGCUCUUAUCCGCAAGCACGGCGCUGCCGGUUCUGUCCUUCUCAAGAACAAGGGCGCUCUCCCACUCAAUAGCCCCCGAAACAUUGCUGUUUUCGGUAACGACGCUGCCGAGCCGCACAAGCAACUGAACCAGAAGAUCUACGAAUAUGGAACCCUUGUUGCUGGUGGUGGCUCCGGUACCGGUCAGGUCUCAUCCCUCGUUACCCCUCUGCGCGCGAUCCAGGAGCGCGCUGCUGAGAAUGGCACCAAGAUCGUUCAGUACUUCCUCAACAACACUGAGGUUGCGAACAGUGACCUCGAUGAUCUCUGGAUCGGCGAGCUUCCCAAUGUUUGCAUCGUCAUGUUGAAGACAUGGGCCGAGGAGGCUGCUGACCGCGAGCACCUCAGCGUUGACUGGGACGGCAACGCUGUUGUCGAGAACGUUGCUUCCAAGUGCAACAACACCGUUGUCGUUACUCACUCCUCUGGUAUCAACACCCUUCCCUGGGCUGACCACGAGAACGUCACCGCCAUCCUCGCUGCUCACUACCCGGGUGAGCAGUCUGGCUACUCGCUGACUGACAUCCUUUACGGUGACGUCAACCCUAGCGGUCAUCUUCCCUACACUAUCGCAAUCAACGGCUCCGACUACAAUGCUCCUCCCACCACGGCCAUCAACACCACCGGUUACUUUGACUGGCAAUCCUGGUUCGAUGAGAAGCUCGAGAUCGACUACCGCUACUUCGACGCCCACAACAUCUCUGUCCGCUACGAAUUCGGUUUCGGUCUCUCCUACACCACCUUCAACAUCUCCGACGUCACCGCCACUCCCCUCGAGAACAACAUCACCGCCCACCCCGAGGAGCGAAAGAUCAUGCCCGGUGGUAACCCCGCGCUUUGGGAGUCCAUUUACAAUGUCACCAUCUCCCUCACCAACUCCGGCGCCGUCGCUGGUGCUGGCGUUCCCCAGCUAUACGUCGGCUUCCCCGAGAGCACACCUGCCGGCACUCCCCCCAAGCAGCUCCGUGGUUUCGAGAAGGUCUACCUCGAGGCUGGCGAGAGCCAAACUGUUGGCUUUGAGCUUAUGCGUCGUGAUCUGUCUUACUGGGACAUCAUUAGCCAGCAAUGGGUCAUCCCUGAGGGCGAGUUCUCGCUCUACCUGGGCUUCAGCAGCAGGGAUAUUGUUGAGACCGAGAAGAUCACUGUUGUCAGUGCAUAG